AUGUCUUCUGCAGCUAAGUUGAAAGUCGAAACAUUAAGCAAUUUUUUAUCUACAGCUCCCACUGACGAUGAUCUGCUUGACAACGAUGAAAAAAAACUAGUGGGCUUAGGAUACAAUCAAGAGUUUAAAAGAGAAUUGAAUUUUGUUUCUACAUUUGCUAUUGCUUUUUCAGUUAUUGGAAUUCUCCCGUCUAUCGAAUCUUCUUUGAUAUAUGGUAUUGGGUAUAUUGGCCUACCUGGAAUAACUUGGGGAUGGUUAAUUGCUGCAUCUGGAGUUAUCUCAAUUUCCUUAUCAAUGGCAGAGUUAGCUUCAAGUACACCUACUAGCGGAGGGUUGUAUUAUUCAGCUUUCAUGUUAUCACCCAAAGGAUGGGGUCCAUUUCUUUCUUGGGUGACUGGUUGGAGUAACUGGUUAGGACAAGUAACGUGGGCCCCUAGUGUUAAUUAUUCCUUAGCUCAAAUGAUCUUUGGGUUGGUUACAAUCAACCAGCCAUCCUUUUCUGCAACAAAGUGGCAAAUUUAUUUAUUGACUUUAAUGCUUAUGACUUUGCUGUCAAUAGUAGCAUCUUUGCCGACAAAAUACUUGGCUCAUUUUAACUUGGUUACUACCGGAAUUCAAAUUGCCUCUUAUUUUAUAGUAUGCAUCACUCUUUUGGCAGGAAACAAAAGAGAAAGUCCAAGGUUCAACUCAAAUCAUCAGGUCUGGUCUGAUUUCCUGAACAUGACAGAUUGGCCAAAUGGUAUUGCAAUGCUCAUGUCUUUCCUUUGUACCAUUUGGGCUCAGGCUGGAUUUGAUGGCGCUUUUCAUUUAUCUGAAGAAUGUUCAAAUGCCGAUAUUGCUGUGCCUAGGGCUAUUGUUACUAGCACAACCGUAGGAAGUGCCAUGGGGUUUUUAUUCUUAAUCGUAAUUUCUUAUACUUUGAUUGAUUUACCUUCGGUGGUGUCUUCCGGCUUCCCUUUUGCUGCAUACUGCGAUCAGGUUGUUAGUAAAAAAGCGGCAUUAGCAUUAGUCUCAUUAAGUGCCAUUUCCACGUUCUUUAUGGGUUGCUCAUGCUCCUUAACAGCAAGCAGAGUCUUCUUCUCAUAUGCUAGAGAUGGAUGUUUUCCUUUUUCUGACUUCUUGGGUAAGGUGAGCCCUGUAACGAAGACACCUGUGAGAUCUGUUUGGGCUAAUUACAUUGUUGGGAUACUUCUAUGCUUGCUAUUGUUCAAUGAAGUUGCAAUAGGCGCAAUAUUUUCAUUAGGCGCAUCUGCUGCUUACGUUGCUUUUAUUUUACCAGUAGUUUUAAGAAAUACUGUUAAAAGGAACUCAUUUUCUAAAGGUCCCUGGAAUUUGGGCAAGUAUUCACCUUUUGUUGGAUUCUAUGCAAUUUUUUUUGUUUCUUUGAUGUUGGUCAUAUUGUGCUUUCCUGCUAAUCGAGGCCCAAAUUUGGAGUACUCAAAUAUGAAUUGGACAGUCGUUUGUUAUUGGGGAUCAAUAUCUAUUGCAAUAUUUUGGUAUUUAAUAAGUGCCAGAAAAUGGUUCAAAGGUCCCAAACGAAACACACCCAAUGGGAUUGAAGCUUAUAAUUAUAAAGCUAAUGUGAAUUUUUGA